AUGGAAGACUCGUCAUCGGAUGGGCUACAUCUUGACAGAGAUAUUCAGCGGAUUAUUGAGUUGAUCGAACAUGUGCAGAAAACCGGUGAACUGAACAGUCCGAAACUCACAUCACUGCAGAAUAUUUUGCAGUCGGAUUUUUUCUCCUCUGUUCGAGAAGUGUUCGAGAAUGUGUAUUACACAAUAACGCCUGAUAGUUCGCGUGAGGCUCGAGCAAGCGCCACAGCUAAAGCGACAGUAGCCGCAUUUGCGGCUGCGGAAGGACACGCACAUCCUCGAAUUAUUGAACUGCCAAAAACGGACCAGGGGCUUGGAUUCAACGUGAUGGGUGGCAAGGAGCAAAAUUCACCGAUUUACAUAUCGCGCAUAAUACCGGGCGGUGUGGCUGAUCGUAAUGGGCAGUUAAAGCGGGGCGAUCAGUUGAUUGCGGUGAAUGGGGUGAACGUUGAAUGGGAAAGCCAUGAGAAGGCGGUUGAACUGCUGAAAUCAGCGAGAGGCACCGUGAAGCUAGUGGUACGCUACACACCGCGACUCCUGGACGAAAUGGAACGUCGAUUUGAGCGACAGCGACGUCGAGCCAACCAAAAUAGCCCAGCACCUGUCUUUAAGCGAUAA